AUGUCUAACUUGACUGUUGUGAGUGAAUUUCUCCUCAUGGGGUUCUCUGAUAUUCGAGAGCUGCAGAUCAUCUAUUCUUUUCUUUUCCUCCUGAUUUUCUUGGCCACUGUGCUGGGAAAUCUGCUGAUUGUCAUCGUUACUACUGUUGACAGACGCCUACAUACCCCCAUGUAUUUUUUCCUAAGGAACCUGUCCAUCGUGGAUGCCUGCUACAUAACUGUGACUCUUCCUAAAGCAUCUGCCAACUCCCUGUUGAACAGCAGGGCGAUCUCAAAGAGUGAGUGUGUGGCCCAGAUCUUUCUCGUGGUGUUCUUUGUAUAUGUGGAGUUGACCUGCCUCACCAUCAUGGCCCGUGAUCGCUAUGUCGCCAUAUGCCACCCACUCCACUACACAGUGAUCAUGAGUCCCCGAGUCUGCAUGCAGAUGACCUUGACCAGCUUGCUUACUGGCCUCCUGUAUGCAGGGUUCCAUACUGGUUACACAUUUCGACUGCCUUUCUGUCGAUCCAAUGUCAUCCAACAGUUCUUCUGUGACAUGCCCUCUCUACUCAAACUCUCUUGUUCUGAGACCUUCAGUAAUGAAAUACUUAUAAUUGUCACUGGACUGGGGGUUGGGGGCGGCUGCUUUGCCUUCAUCAUUGCUUCUUAUGUUCGCAUAUUUUCCACUGUGCUGAAAUUUCCAGUGAAAGAAGACCAAAGAAAAGCCUUUUCCACCUGUAUCCCCCAUAUUGUCGUUGUAUUGGUGUUUCUGAUUUCAGGUUUUUAUGUCUAUCUCCGACCAUCUUCAGUUUCUGCAUCCAUUGAGGACAUGAUUCUGUCUGUGUUCUACUCUGUAAUACCUCCCUUCUUGAACCCCAUCAUUUACAGUCUAAGGAACCAACAGAUAAAAGAGGCUGUGCAAACAGUGGUAAAGAGAAAGAUUUUUUUCUAG